AUGGCAACGUUUCGGUUCGCUUUCAAUCGCCGGGCCAGCGAACCCGGAAAUGAAAUCUCAAGCGCAACCCACUUUGGACGGCCGUAUCGUUUCCUUAAGUUGUGCCGGACUGCGAGCGCGGGAUACACGACCCCGAGGAGACCCGGACCCCUAGGCACCGUUACCCCGCCUCCCGCCUCCGGCCUGGAGGUCACUCGCGCUUUUCGGCCACGAGGUGGGCCCGCGAUCCCCUCCGCGCUGCUGCAGCGGGCACUCGGCGGGACACGAGGGCGGCACCGUGGGCCAGUCACCUCUGGGGACCGAGUCGGGGCGCAAGGGUGGGUCAUUAAACAGACCCUGGGCAGCACGAGGCGCCCCCAGGUAAGGCCCGCGCCUCCGGCGGGCCGAAGAGACGGCGGCCUCGACCGAGUCACUUCGGCCGCGACGGCCCCGCAUGAGCCCGCUCGGGGCCAGCGAGGCACCGUGCGCGGCCCGGGCCAGUCUCUGAGGCAGCGGCCGCUCCGGGACCGCUCAAGGCACCGGCGCCCAGCCCCUCAGGGAGGCGCCCCGCCCCCAGGCAGCCCCCGCCCGGCGCGCGCCACGCACCGCGCCCCGCCCGGGGGCCGGCCCGCACUUUCCCGCCCGCCGCGCCGGGGACUGGGGUCGCGCGCCCUCCCCCGCCCCCACACUGCUCACCUGCCGGGCCCUAGGCUCGCUCCAUGGCCACCCUCGCGGUGCGGUGCGGCGCGGCCUCGGCCGCCCCCGCCGCCUCCGGGGAGGGGCAGCCCCACGCCGCGCUCACCGCCCCCAGCCGCCGCCACUGCGGCUCCCGCCUACCCCCAGCCCGGCCAUUCCCUGGCCACCUCUCCCCGCGCGGAGCCGGCGGUCCCACACCCACCCCCCGCCUCCGCGGCUCGCGACUGUUGGUACCGUCCUAGCGUAACGCCUUCCCCGCGGCCAAUCCAAGGGCUCCUUCCGCGAGGCCCCACCCCCACCCUCGGCGGGCGGGCCUACCGGACACGCUCCGGACCGCCCCCCUUUAACCCGUUGCGUCCCUGGAAGGCCCCGCUUAACUCUCUCCACGCCAGUACACGCCUCUCCGGCUUCUCCCUGCCGCCCCACCCCGCUUACAUAAACUGGCCUCUCACUUCUCUCUAG